AUGGAAGACUCUGUUUGUUGCGAUACUAUUGUAUUUCUUUCAAGGCAAACGUUGAUGGCUAAUGAAAAUAAUCAUGCCAAAGUUAUCAUUGACGAGAUGCUAGGUGAGGCUUAUCUCCAUCCUUCUAUAUUUUUUCUUUCAGAUAAAAUUAUUGAUUACGCUAGAAAGAUGUGGAACGAAGAGGAUUUUAAUUUCGGUGUAAAAGUGGAUGUUCAUGUUUUUGUUUAUGAUCUUCCUCCACAACACGAUUCUGGCAUUGAUGGUGAUGUUGAUAGUGAAGAUUAUAUGGAUAAUAUGACUAUUAAUUUCGUGGCGGCAAGCGAGCAAUCCAUUGAAAGAUUGGAGAAAGUUUUGAUUAAAGAUGAUCAAAUUGUAUGUUCUAUUUGCUUUGAGAAUGUUCAUGUUGGUUUGGAAGCUACAAAGUUACCUUACACAUACACAUAUCAUGAAAAAUGUAUUGUUCAGUGGCUACAAACUAGUAAAUUUUGUCCAAUAUGUCGAUUGGAGAUAGUUUUAAAAAAUCAUUUUUAA